GUCAAAGGAUAGUUGGCACAGGAUUAUGGAAUAUGGCGGACAGCUUGAAUCCAAUACGUCUUUGUUCCUGAAGAUCUAGCAAGCCCUGUUCCUAAUCGUCGUCAAAAUAUUACUGUCGGUGUCCAUGACACUCCCAGGGUAUCCUGUUUUAUAAACCUACUUCACCAGGAGUUGUCUCCCAUGGAAUAAAAUAACUGUCACCAUGGACCCUAGAGUAAUUCUCAAAGAAACUAAUGAUUUGGCUAGUCCAGCCAAGAAAAGGAAGGGAAGAGAAUCCAAAUAUAUGAAGCAAGAGGCUGAACAGGAAAAGGUGCAGGAGGACAUUGUUGUCGUGCCAGUGAGAAAAGGUCGUAAGGGGUCAAAAUGGCAGGGAUCAGGUUUUAUCACCAAGAGAGGCGACCAGAUAUUGUCCUACACUUCAGAGAACAAGAUUACCUACCGGAAAGGCGACUGUGUAUACCUGGAGAAUUCGCGCCGAGACCAGCCGUACCUUGUGUGUGGGAUAAAAGACUUCAGGCUGACGAAGCGCGAGACUUUGGUGGUGGGGAUCAAGUGGUACUUCCGUCUGUCUGAGGUGCCCGAUAGUGUCUACCAACUGUUGGUUCAAGACAGGCACAGUGAAAGCUGUGGAAGAGAAUCGUUGAUACCAGACCCAGACAUUCGCUCAAGGGAGCUCUUCAUAUCCGAUGCAGCCGACACCUACCCUGUCAAGGCUUUGAGAGGUAGGUGUAAAGUCAGUCGCUACCACGACCUCAGUGCUGCCAAAGACUUCAAACCGGAUCCAGACUCUUUCUUUUACGUCCUCGAAUACAACCCCAAAACCAAGAGGCUGGCGACCACACAAGGGGAGAUUCGGGUGGGACAGAGUCACCAGGCUCGCCUACCCGAAUUACGGCGAGAUGUCAUGCCAUCGCAGAUGCCGGAGAAAAUGGAAUACUGGGAGGAGCUUCGAUGGCGGCCUAAUGCCGUCAUGGAUGGAGAUCUCAUGAUGUACCUGCGAGCCGCAAGGAGUGUGGCAGCGUUCGCGGGGAUGUGUGAUGGAGGAUCCACAGAAGACGGGUGUCAGGCUGCUUCUAUGGACGAGACCACCAUCAAUGCCAUGGAUAUUUUACAUCGUCACACCUACGACCAGGGCAAGGGUCUACAGGCACUGGUCAAGUCUCCAGCCCUCCGCAGUAUAGAGAAAAAGUGGACAGAGGAGGAUUCGAAACGUUUCAUCAAAGGUCUCCGUCAGUAUGGCAAGAACUUCUUCAAGAUCCGAAAGGAACUUCUUCCUCAUAAAGAAACGGGAGAACUGGUCGAGUACUACUAUUUCUGGAAGAAAACUCCUGGUGCCACAUCAAAUCGGCCCUACCGAAGACACAAACGUCCGGCUUUCAAACGCAACACUCGUUCCCAACGCCCGACAUCAAGUGACUUCUGUGACCAGAGUUGUUCAGCCAGUGAGUGUUCGGAGGAUUCUGAUGACAGUGGUGCUAGUCGAGAACUGAGUGGUUACUCUUGUCGUCACUGUAGUUCUACAGUGUCCAAAGACUGGCACCAUGCUGGUAAAGACAAGAGUCUCCGCUGUACAGAAUGUCGCCUCCACUUCAAACGCUAUGGGGAAGAGCGGCCCUUAGAGAGUCCACGCGACUCUUCAACACGAGACCCCUCAUCCCGCGACCCAUCUCCCUUCCUCUUCCAGCCAGUCAAGGAAGAGGACUCUGUCAACGGUCGACACAAUAUGCGAACACGACAGACUCGGGAAUCGACAAAAGGCAAAAGAAAGGAAAGAAAUAAUAGUACUAGUAGUCCGGAUAUUGUGGACAGUCCACUGAAUACACUAGCUCCACUGGCACGCGGUCGUAAGUCUCCAAGUACUGGUAGUACCUGCAGCAAUAGUAGCACAGACACACAGAGGAAGGUCAAGAAGACAGCUGAGGCCCAGAACAAGGGCAAGAAGCGACAGGCUAACUCCGAUUCCGAGGACAAACACAACAAGAAGAAGAAAGCUGAGGACCGGUCUGAUUCUGAGUCAGUAUCUGACAGCAGCAGUCUAUCUGGGAAUGAUGAAGAGAAUGGUAACGAGGGAGAUAUAGAGAACAAUCAGGAUGACCUUAGCUCGUCCUCACCUCCCAGCACUCCGCGCUCUGUAGACACCGACUUCAAGUCCAGUAAACCUCCGGUGUCCUCACAAAGUUCUACAACCAGCACCUCUGUUCAGUCUCCGGUGACAACUGUUGUCACUCCUACUUCCACCGCCACCGUGGCCAACCUUCACGAUAAGGUGCCACUUGUGCGGCCGGAGCCAGCACAUAUCCACCAUCCUCAUACGUCACCCCCUCCUGUGUCACAACUUCUCCCCCCUCCUACUCAUCACCUCCCCCACCAUUCACACCCUCUCUCCCCUGUGUCGUCCUGUCCCCCACUCGUACCAUUGUCAUCUUCGAUUUCUCUACCGUCAUCACAGAAAUUACCAUCGGAGAAGCUGUUGCCCACAACAACGCCAUCCAUGCCGCUGUCACUCCAAUGCAGCACUCCUCAGGAUCUUGCUUUCCACCGAGAAACGUCACCUUUCACAUCGCCAUCAUUAUCAUCGCUGCACACGAGGGCACCGCUAUCAUUACCUCAGGUCAGCACUUCCAGUACCUCGUCAACACCUGUCCGCCUCGAUGACCUCCACACAAAUACAGUUCCCAUUAAGAAGGAGCCUUUGUCUCCACCGCCAUCUCCUAAACACAGCUUCGGGGCUACCAAGCUGCUAAUGGACAAUCCAGCCUCUCGGCCUAGUGCAGUUGAGGAGAAAUCUAGCAUGAAUAGUGUAAUAGUCAAGUCAGAACCUUUGUCUAGUUUCUCAAACCGGCCAGAGUCAUUUCAACCAUUUGAUUUCUCUAAACCUGGAUUGGAGUCUAGUGCUAGUAGUACAGUGGUAUCAAACAGUCGAGUGUUAGACUCUGUGAGUAGUAGAUCGGACAAUAAAACCCCUCCCCUCCAUGUAUCUCACCCACAUGGACCUCCCCCACACAUAACUCCCUCACAUGGACAUUCUCACGGAGUAUCUCCCCAUGGGCCUUCUUCCCAUGGAAUCAAUCCCCACGGACCUUCCCUACAUGGACCUCCACACCCACAUGGACCUUCCCCACAUGGACCUUCCCCCCAUGGCCCUCCCCAACAUGGGCUUCCCUCACACGGACCUUCAUCACAUGGAUCAUCAUCACAUGGGCCUUCCCUUCAUGGACCUCUAUCACAUGGACCUUCUCCUCUUAGGCCCAUCCCCCAUGGGGCUACACCUCAUGGGCCCCAUCCACACAUUCAUGAACCGCCCACCACCCCAAAAGAACUGAUUUCUCCCUCUUCUACUGUGGAUGCAAGCUCGAUAGAGAAAUUGACCCCAGGGGUGGGGGUCAAGUCUGAGCCGGCCACUCCUGUGUGUGAGACCAGUGUUGUGAUGGAGGAAGAGGAAGAAUCGGACCACGAAGGAGGAACGACCACGCCAGGGCCAGACCCGACGCGAUGUAGCUUAGAAAUGUAUAAGUCUGAAAAUGCAUUACUAAUGAAAGUGCUGAACAGAGGAGAAAACAACUGCUGCUCUCGUUGUGAUAUUGUCUUCAGACCGCAUCCCGAUUCCAAACUGGCUCGUAAGAGGGCAGCACCGACUCACACCCCGGUUAAGACAGAAGAGAAGGUUGUUAGCGCUAAAAAACCAGAAACACCUCCUCCAAACUCGACAGCAGAUGCUCAGAUCACCAGCAGUAUAACACCAAACAACCCAUAUGAACGCCAUACACCUCGCUCAUCCUACCCCGACACUCCUGCCCUACGCCAGCUCAGCGAAUAUGCAAAACCUCAUGUUAUGGGUUCCGGCCCAGAUCCUGCACGAUCUCUUUCCUACGCAGGCAUGCCACAUAGUAUGGACCACCUGUUAGACUACCGAAUGGCAGCUAUGUAUCCACCAGGCUCCCGCGAAAGGUUAGAAUUGGAACUCGAGCGGGACAAAAGAGAACGAGAUGCCAGGGAGAGAGAACUGCGGGAAAGAGAGAUACGAGAAAUGGAAAUGAGAGAAAAAUUAAAAGCAGAUUUAGAGCUUAGUAAACCAGGAUUGGACAGAAUACUACCACAUGGGCCAGGGAUAGACUCCAAUUGGCUGGAACUACAGCGACGGUUCUGUCAGCCUGGCAGUCACGUGUUACCGUCGGCAGCUAAUGUAGGAGGUCCGGGAGGGGGGCACCAUAUCCCUGGAGUCUACCCACCCACAAGUCUGGCCAGCGACCUUUUACAGCGAGAACGGGAAAGGAUGGAGCGACUAGGCCUCUCCCAGUGUCAUCUUAUGCACCCUGGUGCUGACAUGGCUGCAUACUCCAACACAGUGGAGCGACUGUCGGCCGAGCGGCUACAUGCAGAGCGUAUGGCCCUCGCAACCGACCCGAUGGUUCGACUGCAGAUGGGAAACCUGGGCGUGUCACCGUCUGGCCACACCCACACACACGCACAUUCGCACACGCAUCUCCACCUUCAUCAGCAGGAUGCAGCAGCAGCGGCAGCAGCAGCAGCAGCAGCAUCAGGGGCUCCAUACCACCCCUCGCUGCAUGGUCUGCCUCACCAUUUCCUCCCUCCCCUGCCCCCAGGAGCUGAUCCUCUAGCCUCGGGAAUGAGCAGCUCUAACCCUCCGACGUCCAGCGCCGGGCAACACCUGCAAUCCCUGCCCCAGGGACUGCCUCACCAUGCAGCUCUGCUGGCAGGCCGUGAGCAGGAGAUGCUUCAGAGUGACCUCUACAGACGAGCAUAUGCUGAUCCAGCAUUUGCUCACCAGCUGUCUGCCCAGGCUGCUCACCAGGAGGCGAUACAACGUCAGCUAGCUAUGGAUCGUGAACGCUUUGGUCCUGGAGGUCAUCUCCACCAUUGACCUCCCCCACUGUGAUCUCCAUGGCUACCGUUGUAUGACCUUAUGACCUUGGUUGUGAUGAUUGUGUAGAACCCACAGGCGUGUAUAGAAGUAAACGUAUGAUAUUUGACAACACACAACAUACCUUUCUUUAAGAGGGUAGUUCAGCAUGUGUUGUCACAGUGGCAGCAGUUACCGACUUGUGUGAAUAAUUAGUUUUCAUGGUUGAAGCAUUAUUUCUCGUGAGAAAAGGGAGACAAUUUUGUGUCCAUAUUCUGUGGAGUUUGAUUGUAACUCUGACAAUCAGGAAGGGGAGGAGACUAUUAAUGAAAUCCUGGUGUUUUCCUCUUGGGCUUGCUCAAGACUUUUAUGGGCAGGACCCAUGUGUUAUAUGUGGCCCCAGACUAUGAGGGGUGUGGCCCCAGGCACGUGUGGGUGGCUCUGGUGACCUAAUGGACAACGCCUGAACAAUGUGGCCACAUCAGUGGCAUGAUCUCUCAAGGUCUGCCAAUCCUUGUGCAAUCUUCAAUUUUGUAUAGAUUUUUUGUGAAAAUGAAACAUAUUUAAAUGAAUAAAAAGUGGGAUUCCUUGCCCAGUAUCAUAUGGGAGAGGGUAUAUCCUUCUGUUAACAGGCAAAUUCCAUUGUACAGUAUUAUGUGGCUAUUUUGAUUUUCUUUGUGACAUUUUCAUAUAUGCUCAUGCUGUGUUUACAUUUUGUAAUUUAUAAACAAUUGUUUGAGGUAUGCAUGAGUUAGAGUGUGAGGAAUGAUGCAUUUCUGAGCGUUUGUUAGGUCAUGUGACAAUCCGGUAUAUAGUCAUGUGACCACAUUGUAUGUGAUCAUGUGACUGGACCAAGUGGACUCGUGACUUUUUUCGCUGAUCAUGUUUAUCUUUGAUGAUGUUUAUAUCAUCUGUCAACAUUUUCAGCAAUGGGCGUCUGAGAGUCAAAAUAAAACAGACUAUCAAUAGAUCAUGAUCAAUGCAACAAGGAGAAUUAUCAUUUUAGAGAGUGAACAAUUAAUUGUAUGAGAAGGGAGUGUUUGUUUUAGUCAUGUGUUCGAGAGAGAGAGAAAGAGAGAGAGAGAGGUUAUUUACAGAUACACUUGUAAUUUGUGACAAGAGUGUGAGAGUUCAGAACAAAGGGAGGUAAGCCCACAUCCACAGUAUAUAUGGCAGCACACCACUAUCUAUUCUCCUUGAUAUAUUAUAUAGCCUUUAGUAGUAGAAGUUUCAGGGAAUGAUGUUGUAGGGUUACCAACCUCUAGUUCAAUAUUUUGCUAAUUAAUUAAAAUAUGUUCGUUAACUUUUUGUGUAAGGCUUUAGUCAAGCAUACUGCUUUGUUGAACUACAUAUAAGAACCAAACAUUAAGUCAAGCCAUAGUUCAAUAAGGAUUCAGAAUUUCUUAAUUUCAUCGAGUUUAUUUAUUUCCCUAGAAAUGGUGCCAUCCUCAUGAUAAAUAUGACAAGAAUUUGAAAAGUAUUUCAAACAGCAGUUUUAAAAGAAUAUUUAUGUGAAAUUUCGCAAUAAGAAGAGCGACCAAGAUUUCAUACUGGAAUCUUUUCUUCAUAAUGUUUUAUUCAUACAGAAAAAAACCGUUUGAUACAACUAAAUCUUCUAGCAUGUAAAGUACAGGUAGGUUGUCUCCCCUUAGUCUCUCUCCUGAGUGUGAAGGAGGAUUAUGAGGUAGCUGACAUGAACAUUCCAUUGGCCACCUUCCUGUAGGUACGGUAGUGGUGUCUCCAGUCUGGGGAUCAAUUUGUAUCUUUUAACCAUGACAAUAUAUAUAUAUAAAUACACAAAUAUCCUGAAAAAAUGUUGAUAGCUUUACUGAAAAUUAGCAACAUGUUGAUCAAAGAUCAAAGUUGAAAAGCUGCAAAACCAGUUGGAUAUAGGGAUAUUUCCUGUACUGGAGCAUAUUGUAUGAAGUUGCUUACAAAAAUGCAAAGAAAUAAGUUUUGUAUUAUUUUUUUUUUAUCUUUGUAAAUUAUUGGUAAUGAAUUUUGAUUAUUAGUACAGGGGACACCAUGUUUGUCGGAGAGUAUCCGAUGUUAUGUGGAUGACAUUUAGCGUUUACUUCCGAUGUAAAUAGAGAGAGCUGGUAACAAACAGAACCCCAGAGAUUUGCUAUGUUUGUAUUGUGACGUGUACUGCGGUGUUACCAGUAAACCCCAGUAUAGUAUUAGUGCUGAAGGACAUUCUGGUCAAACAGGGGAGCCAAGGCAGCAAUUUUUCACACAGGAUGUUGAUUGUAGGAAAUAAAUUGAAUUAUACAUGGUGUAACAUUUUUCUGAACAUAUCCUGAAACAGCCAAUUCAAAACCGAGGAUUAGCAAACUAUUUCUUGCUGGCAUUCUCAAUAAAAAAUUUAUUGAGAGCACUUCCGACAUUAAAACAGACAUGUUUAAAUAAUAGCAUUUUAACACUUCUGUUGUCUUGUAAAGUGGUGUCUAGAAUUAUUGUAUUGAAGGAGAUUGUAAAAGUGAUGUAUUUGUUUCUUCACAUCAGUUCUGGAGUAAACAUGCUUUAAACUUGUGUACAUUUACACUUUCAAAGCAGGCAUAUUUGAAGAUUUCUAACAUUAAAACAUCUUUGAAAGCCUUGUUAGUAUAACAUAUAAAUAUAUGUUUCAUUACUGCCACUACCUUCUGAAUGACCAGAAUGUCUUUUAGCAAUGCCAGUAGUCUGCAAUAUAUUUAUAUACCUGUGGUGUGACCUAGGUGUAGUGCUGUAAUCAUAUAACAUCAUUAAAGGGACGCUGGCCAGUUGGCAAGGUCCUGUGUCAUUAUGUGGGAUACUGGUCAAUUGACUGGGUCCUGUGUCAUUUAUCUUGAUGCUGGUUAGUUAACAAGGUCCUGUGUCAUUACUGAGGAUACUGAUCAAUUAACAAGAUCCUGUGUCAUUACUCAGGACUCAGGGUCAAGUGCUGUGUCAUUACUUAGGACAAUGGUCAGUUGACAAGGUCCUGUGUCAUUUCUUGGGAUGCUGAUCAUGUUAACUAGGUCCUGUGUCAUGUCAAUACUUGGGAAGCUGGUCAGUUGACUAGGUCCUCUGUUGUGUCAUUAUUAGGGACACUGGUCAGUUGACUAGGUCCUGUGUUGUGUCAUUACUAAGGACGCUGGUCAGUUGACAAAGUCCUGUGUCAUUACUUAUUGAUGAUUUGCCUAAUUCUAAUGAAACAUUAAUCCACCCAAGUGGUGGGAAAUAAAGUAUAUGUAAAACUG